AUGUCUGUUCGAUCAACUGGGUACACGGUUACUGAAGAUGUGCUCCUUUGUCAAGUAUUCUUGGAUAUUUCUCAAGACCCUAUUAUCGGUAGAAACCAGUCUCGAGAUGCAUUUUGGUCUCGUGUGGAGGACAAAUACAAUGAACUUCGAGAUCAGCAUUUUGAGUUAGUUCGAGCAAAGAUGUUAUUUAUGCAAGAACCGAAGUACAAAAAAGGUUUCAAAUUUGAUCAUGUCUGGAAUAUGGUUAAAAAUUUCGAAAAAUUCAAAGAUGAUGUCCCCACAGCAAGACAAGUUGGUCGAAGACAAUCCCAAAGUGUGAACUUCGACUCGUCACAAUCAGAUAAUCCCACUCCGGAAUCUCCUAUAUCAACAUCUCCUGGAUUGUCAUCAUUUACUCCAUCUGAACGACCUAUUGGGGUAAAAAAAGCUAAAUUGAAAAGGAAAAAUGAUGAUCAUGAGUCAAGUGUAGUGGACUCCAUCGAGACCUCCAACAAUCGACUUAUAGACAGGUUAGACAAGGCGAGCUUGGACAGGCAAGAAGCAUUUGAUAUCGAACGAGAAAAGAUAGCCAUGAUAAUUUAUUUUGUCCACAUUAUACAAUUGGGGUGA